UUAUAUAAAACCUCUGCUUUCACUAAUAUUCAGUCUUUCACUUCACUCGGUAUUUUAUCGCCGGGCGGCAAGUGAUCGGAGAAUUUGUACUGUAAACCGAGCUAGUUCCGUCAAGAAUCGAUGGCGCCACCGGCGAAUGGAGGUGGUGGAGAAGUGCAGGAACAGGCGGCUCAGCCGCAGCAACAGCAGCGGGGAAUUGGACAGAUGCUGACGGGAGUAAUAAGAAUAGCGGUUUUCUGGUACUUUGCUUCCAAGUUCUUCUCACCGAAAAAGCCUAUGUCCGAUCCGUCGGUUCCUAAUCUCCAGAUCUCAAAUCUAUUCAACAAAGGCGAACCUUUGGACAUGUGGUUCUAUCUUUCCGAACAACAAAAUUUCAGUGACUUUGGUAAUGAAGGUGCACUUAUUUGGCAUGAGACAAACAUACCAUAUGCAGUUUGGGGACCAGAGAGUACCAGGUCUCUUUCUUUGAAGUAUCAUCUAUCUGAGGCAGUGAAGAACAAUGGGAGUCUUUAUGCUCAUGUUUACUUUGCACGUUCUGGGUAUUCUCCAGAUCCAAAUGAUCCUGAGUAUCAGCCAUUGGCUGCUUUUGGACGGACAUAUUCUAUUGUGACAUAUUUACCCAAGUCUAAAGCAGAUAAAAAGAAGAGCCUUUUAAGAAAUUCUGAGGACUCGAAGGAGGAUGUCACCAUUCCUGAGUAUGAUGAGCAGUUUCCUCAGGCGGUUCAAGAAGCUCAACAUGAUCUUAAGGAGGAUGGUCCUCCUGAAUGGAUUUCAUAUUGGAAACCUAAUGUUACAAUCAACUUGGUCGAUGAUUUCACAAGAUACACUGCAAAUGCCAUUCCACCUAUUGUUGCUCCUUACAUCAAUAUUGAAUCUACAACAGGAAACUACUAUCCGACUGUUUUCUUCAAUGAGUUUUGGUUGCUUAGGGAUAAAUUAAUAGCUAUCAAUGAUACGGUAACUGAGGUGCCUCUGCAUCUAGAGGUGAGUCCCAUAAGCAUGACAAAAUGGCAGCUAUUCCUGCAGAUGGACCAGUCUUUCCAAGUUCAUCGUAGUUAUGGUAGCAUGCUCGACGGGGAGUCUGAUGAACUAAAGAGAGUGUUUCUGGAAGGAAAUCCGUACCUUCUGGGGGUGACUAUGAUUGUUUCAGUAAUGCAUUCACUAUUUGAUUUCCUGGCAUUCAAGAAUGAUAUUCAAUUUUGGAAUAAAAACAAGUCCAUGGAAGGGCUAUCUGCAAAAUCAGUGAUUGUGAACUUUUUCUGCCAGUUUAUUGUCUUCCUGUAUUUGCUUGAUAAUGAUACUUCAUGGAUGAUACUUGCUAGUUCUGGUGUUGGUUGUUGCAUUGAGUUCUGGAAAAUAGGGAAGGCCAUGCACAUUGAGAUUGACAGAUCUGGUAGAAUACCCAUGUUGAGGUUCCGAGAUCGGGAAUCAUAUGCUGGAAAUAAGACGAAAGAAUAUGAUGAUCUUGCCAUGAAAUAUUUGUCCUAUGUGUUGUUCUUCCUUGCUGUGUGCUUUGCCAUAUACUCUCUAAUGUAUGACCGCCACAAGAGUUGGUAUUCAUGGAUCCUCUCAUCCCUGACAAGCUGCGUUUAUAUGUUUGGUUUUAUUAUGAUGUGUCCACAGUUGUUCAUCAAUUAUAAACUGAAGUCUGUUGCUCAUUUACCUUGGAGGCAGAUGACUUACAAAUUUCUAAAUACCAUCAUUGAUGAUUUGUUUGCAUUUGUGAUAAAAAUGCCAAUGCUACAUCGCCUGUCUGUGUUCCGUGAUGAUCUUAUAUUUUUGAUUAUGCUAUAUCAGAGAUGGGUUUAUCCAGUAGAUAAGAAACGGGUGAAUGAGUUUGGUUUUGCUGCGGAAGAUGUGGAUCAAGCUGCCAGUAGUUCAGAUACUCCAGCACUGAAAGAAGACGAGAAGAAAACUAACUAAGCUGAAUUUUUCACUUACGCUUUAGUACAACAUCAAUGAACUGUAAAGGUCAGAAAGAUUGCUUCUUGUUUUUGGAUGAACUCAGUACCUGCAACGAUGAUGAGUUGCUUCAGGACGUUUAGUUAUUGCUCAGGAUCUUUGGUUACAAUGUUCAGAGUCGAGUAGCUUAAUCGAGAAUUGGAAAGAGAGGGGAGCUCUGGUGCUUUCAGAUGUCAAUCACCUCUUCGCCACGUUUCUUAAGUUCCCAUGCUCAAGUCUUUUUGUAGCUAUAAAUACCAGAUUCUAUCGACAUAGGUUUUCUGGAUUUCCUUUUAUUUUAUUGCUGUUAGAAUCAAAUGUUUGUGUGAAACUACAAUAACUGCUUUAUGAAUUGGGAAUUUGGGAUAAAUGAAUCAUUAGAAAUGCACCUAUAUGGUUUCUUCUGUUCAA